AUGUUAAACAGACAAUCAGAACUCGACCUUGGUUUGCUCACUGGCUCCGAACAUAUGUGUGAGGAAACGGAGGAGGACACAAAACAGAUUUUGUCCAAAAGGAAGCAGUUCAGAGCCUGGUUGCACAGUUUAAAAGAGCAUUCUCCAUCCAUGGACAUAAAUGAUGAGGAAACUGUUUUUGUCGACGCAGAAGAUGCCUUUUUGAAUUCGGACAAUCCGCUGUCCUACGUUCCUGUGCUAAGUGCCACAGAAGCUAAGGAAAUUCUGACAACGCCGGAGCGUGAGGCCAAAGACUAUCCUCAUGGGCGUCGCUUAAAGGCCUUUUUGAGAGAACACCUGAGGAGGCCUUCCAAGCGUCGUCUCUUGACUGCUCGACCGAGGCGUCCGAUUGAGUGCCACGGAGCCCUUCCCGUGGUUUUCGACAUUAACUAUCAAGAGUCUGCAUUGCUUGGCAGUAACUAUUCGAAUAAGCAACAGUGGGAACUUGGCGAAUUAGACGGCUCUGUUGGCAGCGAAGCAGUUUCUGUCCUUAAUGAAAACCGCCAAACCGACCACAAAAUUGGAUAUUUGGGUCGUUACUCCUCAAAGAUGGAUCUUAAUAAUGAGGGCAAAGCAUUUACUUCUCUGGCUUUUGGUACCAACAAUCCUGUUGAUCCUGAACCUGGGACUCAGGGCGCAAAGUUCAACAAGCUAAGCUCAUCGGAUGCUGAUAUCGCCGCAGAUGACAAACUGGCUGAAGCUGCUCACCAGAACGACGGGAGUUUUCUUAGUGGCGACGUCACCUUCCCUGAGCCACGAGACACCCUGAAUGAUGACUCGCUCAUCAUGAGACCGGACAAUGGCUCUGAAACAGGUUCUGUGGAACGCGAGAAUGCAAAAGCAUUCGGCACUUUGCCCAUUGAACCUGACUCUGUUGCGGACCCCGGAUCACCAAAAUUCCUCGAUGACAGUAUUCUUUCCGAUGACAGGCAAGACAGCUUGAAGAGGACGUUCGAUUCUCCCAAUCAACUGAUUACUGAACUUAAGCGUCCUUGUCUUGACAAGGAAGCUGUGCCUCCCGAAAACAUCGGGGUCGAGGCAAAUGAAUCACUUCACGAAUCAUCUUCCUUCUAUUCGGACGCGCCUCCUUUUGACACUUCAUUCUGCGAAACUCCGACCACAAUGCUGGAGAAUAAUCCGCAUAUGAUUCAAAAUCCAUAUAUAAAUACUCAUCAGGCCGAUGAGAAGCCUUUCAGAGAUUUCCAAAAUCCGGAACCUCCCCAAGCGUUAAGUGCAAAAGAUGCACGGGAACCCGCAAACUAUAAAGAUCUCCCACCAAUCAAGACUCCCUCUUUCAUUCCCAUUUCGAAACUCAAUCGGCUUAACUCCAGUGAUGAUGAGGGUCCCACACCAGAAGAAAAGUUUCGUGGGGUUGUUGAGAAAUUCAGAUCAGCCGUUCACCACCAAACAUCGCCAAAAUGUGACGCUCAAGACCAAACGCUUGUUGGUCGUACAGGUAAGAAAGAAAGCAAAGAAGACAGGCACUCUGACGAUGAUCUCGCAUCACGCAAAGGACACAGUAGUAAAGGCAGCAAUAGCAGUGGAGGUCGCUUGAGCUCUUUGAAGAAAAAACGUCAAACCUUCAAACCUUCUAAAUGCGAGGAAUUUGAAACUCAGAAGCUUCGUAUUCCUACUUUUCGGCAAAGCUUGCGUAAGAUUGACGCCUUGGGAUUAUUCGAAGGCGUCAGAAAGGGUACACUGACUGAACGCGAUUUAUUCAAUUUGUCGAAGGUGAAGUCCGACGACGCGUACGAUUUUCGUGACACUAGAUUCUACGACUCUCAAUCCUCGGUAUCAAAUUCAUCAGAGUCUUUCAAAACUCGCGAGGAAAUCACGGUCUCUAGUGUCAAAUUUGACAAGUUUUCACAUCUUUUGAUGUAUGACGUCCGAAAAACCAGUAGAUUCGAACGACCCGAGACCACCCAAUCUUUCAGAACAAACAAUUUGUUUGGUAAGGAAGGGAAAUUGUCGCGGUCUCUUUCUGAUAGCGGUACUCAAGAUGGUGGAAAGAUUAAAAGCUUUGCUGGAAAACCCAUUCUCAAACGAAAGAUAAACGAACGUGCAGCAGUUGAAUCGUUAAGAGCAGACGAUUGUGAUACUGUCAAUGUCACUGAUUUUCUCUCAUUUUUCAAGGGCCAUGAAGCGCGUCGUCGAAAUGAAGAGCACCGCCUAAGCAAAAUUCGUGAGCAGCAGCUCACAAAUUAUUAUGCCAAUGACCAUAUCUACAACUCAGUUAGAAACGGUGACGUCAAGUCUGCUCUGAUCGACUUUAAAAAGAGUAAGAAAGCUACAGAGCAUAACAUCGGCCGCCAAUUACGCGAUCCCAUAGCGCGAAUGCUUAGUUGUCCUCGAGAAUCAGAGUGGCAACGGUUACACAAGCAAGGGACCGUAUCACAAAGCUGUUUUUAA